CGGGGCGGCUGGUGAUCGAAAGACGAGGGAGCGAGACAAGGGGCAGCGAGUACAGCGGACCGAUACACUGCAACGCGUAACUGUGUUACUCUCCUAGUUAUGGAGCAAAGAACAAAACUGGAAAUGGAAACAUGCAUUAAAGUGAUGGAAGAGUUGAUUGUGGAAUUGCAUCAAUUUCUGGAACUUCUCGACCGUGAAUACCUGACUUCAUCUGCCAGAGAGAAAAAGACUGCAGUCUGUAAUAUCUUGCAGAGAAUCAAGUCAAUCUCUGAUUGUCAAAUGAAAAACUCUGCACAGAAGCAUGAUUUACCAUGCAGCGUACCUGCUCCACCUCAGAUCCCUCUCCCUGAGAUACCUCAUCCAUGGCAGCCAUUAGAUAACAGUCCACCACCAUUGCCAACUUCUUCCUUGCCUGAAGGAUAUUAUGAGGAAGCAGUGCCACUGAGUCCAGGAAAAGCUCCAGAAUACAUCACCUCUCGAGACUAUGAUUCAGAUGCCAUGAGCAGCUCCUAUGAAUCAUAUGAUGAAGACGAUGAGGAUGGGAAGGGAAAGAAACUGAGGCAUCAAUGGCCAUCUGAGGAAGCCUCAAUGGACUUGGUGAAAGAUGCGAAGAUCUGUGCUUUUCUUCUGCGCAAGAAACGUUUUGGACAGUGGACAAAACAAUUCUGUGUGAUUAAAGACAACAAACUAUUGUGCUACAAAAGUUCAAAAGACCAUCAGCCUCAGAUGGAAUUACUGCUGACAGCCCACAAUGUGUCCUAUGUUCCCAAAGACAGCAAAAGGAAAAAACAUGAACUACGAAUCACCCAGCAAGGAGCAGAUAUGUUGGUAUUGGCUGUGCAAAGCAAAGAGCAAGCAGAGGAGUGGCUGAAGGUGAUAAAAGACGUUGUUGUACUUUGCAAUGUAACUACUGAAGCAGAUGGAUCCAUGACCAUUUUUCCUGUAAACAAGGCAGAGUUGGAAAAGAAGUUAUCUUCAGAGAGGCCAAAUUCAGAUGGUGAAGGACACUUGGAGAAUGGAACUCAUUUUGGAAUGACAGAUGGUAAAGACCAGGGAAAAGGGAAGAAAAAUGCAAAGGCAGAACCAAAAGGAGCUGUGAGCAAAGUCACAGGAAAAAAAAUUACAAGAAUUAUUGGCUUGGGGAAGAAGAAGCCAUCAACGGAUGAACAGACCUCCUCUGCUGAGGAAGACAUCCCAACCUGUGGCCACCUGAACGUGCUGUCUAAUAAUCGUUGGAGGGAACGGUGGUGCAGAGUGAAAGAUAACAAGCUGAUCCUUCACAAAGAUAGAACUGACUUGAAAAUUCACAUGGCUUCCAUUCCACUGCGUGGAUGUGAAAUCAUUCCAGGCUUGGAUUCCAAACAUCCGUUGGCAUUCCGCCUGCUCAGGAAUGGGCAGGAAGUUGCAGUCUUGGAGACCUCUUCUGGAGAGGAGCUGGGAAGGUGGCUUGGCAUUUUGCUAUCUGAAACUGGUUCUUCCACAGAUCCAGCAGCCCUGCAUUAUGAUUACAUUGAUGUAGAAACAACAUCUAGUGUUAUACAGACUGCAAAACAAUGCUUCAAUUUAUUACAUAGACGCUCAAUAUCGCCAAACAGAUAUGGCGGCAACAUCACUAAUGGAUAUGCAUGUCCUCGUGGAAUCUCUCUUCAUUACGAUGAUGUACCUUGCCUAAAUGGAACAGAACAGGAGGUUUUCAGCACUAACACUAGUACUCUCUGGUAUGAGGAGGUUUCCAGUGACACCACUGAUCUGUAUGACAACGUUCCACCACCAAAACCAAUUGCCCGCAAAUCGCAACCAGUUGGGGUCCAGAAUAGACUUUCCACUGAGAAACUGUCCUCUAAAAAUAACAAAACUCUUGCCUCUUCACCUCUGUCUUCCACGCGGUCUAUGACUAAUAAAACUAACACCUCCGCUGUGGAAAAGGGAACAGUCAAGACAGCCUUGCAGGCAAAAGGGAAGAAAAUGCCAACAGUUGUAAAUGGUACAACAGCAAAGCCAAAGGCUGGAAACAGCCAGGUGAAGAAACCAAACCCUAGUACAAAUGUUAAACGCACGGCAUCAAAUGCCGAUCAAUAUAAAUAUGGUAAAAAUCGAGUGGAGGCUGACGCAAAAAGAUUACAGUCAAAGGAGGAAGAUUUGAAAAAGCAGAAAGAAAUCUUACGCACCCGUCUAGCACAACUGAGAAAAGACAGAAAGGAGCUGAGGACAGCCAUUGAAGGAUGUGCAGGUAAGAAGUCUCAGAUUGCUCUGGAAACAAAGCUAAAGAAACUGGAGGAGGAAUGUAAGGCUAAAGAGGCUGAACGUGUGAACUUGGAACUGGAGCUGACAGAAGUGAAUGAGAGCUUAAAGAAAGCUCUUGCAGGAGGGCCCACACUGGGACUGACAAUAGAGCCAAAGUCAUCAAGAACUUCUAGCCCACAGUCUCCUAUCUUCAUGCAUCGGACCCUCGAUAAUUCUCCAGCUUCCAGCUGUGAUACAAGUGACACCGAACCAUCAGCACUGCCUGUAAAUGCAGCCGUUCUCGGCAGAAGACCACCUUCCAUGGUUUCUUCCCCAAGUCGAGGACAUGUACGCAGGAAGGCCAAGGAAUGGGAGCUGAAGACUGGAACAUAAAAAUAAAAAAAGAGUUCAUAAUUUUUUAUAUUUAUUUCUCUAAACAUUAUGAUCCAGACCAGAAGCACUGUUACUGAGUCCUUUACUUCAUAAGAACUAUGCAGAGCUCAUGGUCUUCACAUUACUUGCUGAAAGUUAGCAGAAAUUCUAUGCUGAAGUGUAGUUUAUUGUUAUAUGUGAACAUGGAUGAUAUUUAAAUUGUGUCCAAUUGGCCCCUGACCUCACCUCAGCUCCACCUUUCCACCAUCUAUUGGCCAAGUGUUUCUUAGCAGACAUAUGCUUUUCUGCUUAAAUAAUACCAUAUCUGUUUUCAUGAUUGAAAAAUAAAUUCUGGACAAGAAAAGACAAUUUCAACACCACAGUACAAAGGGAAACAUAUUUAUUACAAAAUAGGCAUUUUAGAUUGACCUUUCAAAUUAUGAUUGUAUUAUAAGCACAAUAAGUGUUUUGUGUAUGGUGCUCCUGAAGGAAAAGGCUUCAUAGUAAAUCAAUGGAUCCAGUAUAGUUUGCAGUAUCCACUCAGUUUUGACAAUUGUAAGAAUGUUGGAACAUAAAUGUAGUUAUGUUCUUAUGUUCUUGACAGUUGUCAACCAUAUCAUUGUACAACAUUUUAUUUUACACUUCCUAUUGCCUGUUUUUAUUGUACCCCCAUCGUCUGUUUUUGUUGUACAGACCUAUCAUUUGUUUUUAUUGUACACAGCCUACGUCUGUUUUUAUUAUACACACCCUAUUUUUGUCUUACUGUACAUUUCCUGUCACCUGUUUUUAUCGUACACACCCUAUCAUCUGUUUUUAUCGUAUACACCCUAUUAUCUGUUUUUAAUCAUAUACACCCUAUUGUUUGUCUUAAUUGUACACACCCUAUUGCCUGUUUUUAAUUAUAUACACCCUAUUGUCUGUUUUUAUUGUACACACUCUAUGGUCUCUUUUUAAUCAUAGAUGCUCUCUGGUCUGUUUUUAGUUGUGCACAUCCUAUUGUCUGUUUUUAAUCGUAUGCACCCUAUUGUCUGUUUUUAUUGUACACAUCUUAUUUAAUGUUGGGAAAAGGAAAUGGUGCUCAAAAGCUCUCCAGGGAAAUAUACAGUUUUUUAGUAAUACAUUGUAUUCAUUCUUUAAAGAUAAAAUUCCAUUUAUUUUCCAUUCGUUUUGUUUCCCAAAAUUAUCUGUUUUGACAUGGAUUCCUGUCGGGAUAAUGUGCUUGUCAUUUGUUGUAGCUUGUGUCAUUCCACAUUUUCUCGAAAAUAUUAUCCAUUUCACCCAGAAUGGAAAGGGUUUUGAUACACAGGUAAUUUUUGACAUAUAGAAAAGCAAUAUUGGUAAAAAAAAAAUUUAGCUUUGAUGUAAGAUAGUUGAUGUGCUUUUAUACUAAAGAAAAAUGUAAUUAUGUAUAAUUUAAUUUGAAAUAAGACCAUAUUUAAAAUUUAUUUGUCAAAACUCCCAUUUGAUUUCAAUGGUGAAGAAUUAAAUAUAUGAAAAAAAAAUGUGAAUUACAAAUACUAGUUUUGAAUAGGGUUCAUUUUUUGGAAAACAUUGUAAUAAUUUGAUGAGCAAUCCCGACUAUCACAUUAUGGUCUUGGUGACUCUGUGGCUGAACUCUUUUUGUUUUAGAGAGUUUUCUCAGCAGUUUAUUUCGAUAUCAUUCCGUUCUUUGCAUAUUAAUAAUGAAAACAGUGAAAAUGGUGGAAAAUUUAGUGGAUCUGCAGAGAGAAGCAGACCUAACUUUUCAAGUCCAUUCAUUUACCGUUUUCAAUUUAGAUGCCCAGUGUCCACAGUGUUUUGCUUUUGCUUUAAAACAUAAUCUUCUUAUUUGGUCUUGUGAUUUAUUAUUCUUCGGACCAAUCAGAAACAAACCUUUUGUGUAAAGUUGCUAUACUCAUGCAGAAACAUAGAAGUUUGUGAGUUAUAUAUUGUGGGUUGCCGUAUUGCUUCAAGUCACUUGUCUUAGUUAAUAUGUUGAUAAAAUAUGUCAUUACAUACAUCUCUGAAAUAGUUUCAUUGGAAUAUGGCAGCUAUAUUUGGUAGCAAAUAUUACAACUUUUUUUAGUAAACAUUCCAGGAAACUUACAAUGCAUAUGUUGUCAAAAGAAGUUUCAUCCCAUUCUUGUGCUUUACAUUGCCCAUUUUUUGUGCCAGUUCAUCGUUCACCUCCUCCAUCAUACCAUUCAACUUUUCUGCUCUGUACUGAUGCUUAUGCUCCACACUAGUCUCUUCCCUCUCUACUGAACUUCCUUCUGCUCUUGCACUUACGUAGCUUCAUCUGAAAUGCAACUUUGCUUUUCAUUGUGACUACUCCAUAUGGUAGUGAGUUUACCUUCUCAUCAGCAUCAGAGAAAAGAAUAAAAAUGAGGCUAAAACUGUUAAUGAUCUCACCAGAAAAUAAAUGACCCUAGGCAAACAGAGAUUCUGCUUUGCUCAGCAGAAAGUGAAAAAGGUCCACACUAUUUUUCUGUGAUUAAUCAGGUACUGAUAGCAAACACUCAAUUUUGCACCAGCUCUCCAACCUGCACAUGUUGAGUGCUAGGGAAACAGCCUCAUAAAAUGUAUCCUCGUGUAUUUCCACAAUCAUAUUCCUGCUGGUUUCAACUAUAUGUGGAGCCAUUAUUACACAGGCAUUCAGAGGCAUUCCUAAAAAUUCCCAAAUAGUAUCAGGCUAAUUAUGGAAGAAAUUCAAUUUGUUUAUCUUUACAAGCAACCUGUAAUUAGAACUGACUUAAAUGGUGGAAGAAAAAUUCAUUACAGACUUCCAUUAUAAUCAUUUGUGCUGAUACCACCAGAAGCCAAUCUAUGAAUUAAAACAUUUGAGUGGAUGGUUAUGGAUUGUAAAUGUAGUGUAGAAAUGUAUUUGGUAAAGUUUAUCUAGCAAUAGUGUUACUACCCUAGGAAAAAAACAUGUUGCUAUGAAUCAUUUUUAACUUCAGCUGCAAAUCUGUUAACAAUAAGCAUUAAUUACAGGCCAUGACUGCUAGUAAAAUCAAAGACAAAUUCCUGGGCUGUGAUGUACUGCAAUAAACUUAGACCUGGGUAUGAAGAACAAGUAAAUUUCCAUGUUUUGUAUGGCUUAGUUUUCUGUUGUUCAUUGCCAAAAAUGCCACAGGUGAAAGAAUAUGCCAUUACCAUGUUUUUGUCCUUCUAUGCCUGGGUGAAGUGUAUUGGGAUCUGGAAAUAUGCCCAGUAAACUAGGGUUAAUUUCCUCAUUUUAAAAAAAAUUUCUUUGUAAUACUGUUAACAGUUGUGGCGUUAAGAGGCAAACAUGCAUUCCACAGAAUCAAGUAGACUACAAAGUCAUGCUUCCACAUCAAUACAAAAGUAGAAGGGGUUUUAUGCUCCGUGUACAAAGGCCACCAGGGAGUUGCAUUCAGGACUUUUUUGGUGGCUGUGAGGCUGCCUUUAAAAGAGCAUAAGCCUUAUUUCAAGGUCUUGGUGCCCUUUCUAGGAACUAUUUAUUAAUUUCUUUCCAUUCAAUCAGAAUGCACAACUGUUUUCCUAAUCUAUAUUGGCCUAAAAAUCAUACUUGACUGCCUAUUGGAGGUCAAUGCAGAAACCUAGACUUAACUUCUGGCUGUUGCCAGCAAGUAGGACUGCAGGCAAAAGCAGACCAGCCCUGUGGAUAUUGGUAUCUUGUAGCGGUUAUUAAAUAGAGUCCACAGGCUCCCAUGCUGUCAGUUCAGACACAGGGAACAGGCCACAAUUAAUUUCUAGUCAAAUGGUUUGAAAAUUCUUUCCCUAAGUGGAUUCUCUCCCCCAUCACGACAUGCAGAGGUUAUAGGCUUGUACCUCUUUUUCAGAAUAUUUCAUGGCUAUCUUGUUUGCUAUCUCUGGUGGUAAUCUUUAUUCCAUUUACCUUAAACAACAAUUAUUUCUCUUUAUCUCUGUGGUAUAUCAUAUGCCACUAUUAUAUUAGUAUCUGACAUUAGUGUUCUUAAAAUUGUGCAUCUUUUUCUGCGUAUUCCAUCAGUGCCUCCAAAUAGUUGGUACACUCUACAUACUUGAGGGCCAUCCUUCUUGAUAUAAAUAUGCUUGAGGUUUUUACACAACCGAGCUUUUUCUAAGUUCACAAAAAUCAACUGUUUUCAGAUUUCACUGAGCCAUUUUUUUAAAAAAGUUUCAUGCGCAAUUAUUCUCAGUAGCUUGUUAGCAGCCUAUGAACCAGACAGAGCGCUGCAGCAGGUAUACCAUGACAGUUACUAUUUAUUUGUCUUUGGUAAUGAACUCAUGUAUAUGAAAUGUCAAUUGAAAACUAUAAAUUUGAGAUUAUAAACAAUCAGAAUUUAGAAAAUGGAUAAUUCUCUCAUUUUUAUUUUCCAAGCAAAAAUAGAACCCUAGCAAAUAUAUGCAGUAAAAUAUUCAGUCUCAAUUCUGAACUUAUACAUGAUUGUGUUUUGCUUUUGUAAAUUAUUAUAAAUUUGUUAAGGUGUGAUUUCUUCUUUGUAAGCUGUCUUAUAAAGGCUUAAAAUAAUUGACGAAGCUAUACACUUCUAUCCUUCAUGACCUUUGUUCUCAUGGAGAUUGAAUUUUCUUGAAAGGGAAAGGGAAUCAUUUUAUGAAUCUGUGCUCCUGCAAGUGGAGAAUUUGUGCAAUUGGAUGAAAUAUUUUUGCAGUCUGUUGAUUUUCAUUCUCAACUUCUGAGUCUGAACUCCUAAUUCAUUAAAUAGUGAGAAUGCAAGUAAAAAUGUAUAUAUCAGGAAUUCUCUCAAAUAGGAAGUAUGCCUAAAGUCUAACAGUGUUUCAUUCAAAUGCAAUGGGGUGCAAAAUCCAUUGAGCAUUUUAGUGCAAUGAUGCAGUAGUUAGGUCACUGAGGCUGAAUGUAAUUUCAUCCCAUCACAAUUUUUGACCUGUUUUCCAAAGACAGAUCCAGCCUUUAGUAAUUAUUCCCAAUGCCCAGUGCUGCUGAAAUGGCAAAAACAUUUACAUUUUAAAAGUUUGAGGCUUCGCUGUUGCCAUGGGUUUGAUCUAAAGGGUAAAUAUAACAAACAUAAAAUGCCAGAAACACUCAUCUGUGGAAUGAGAAACGUUAUCUCUGUUUCUCUUCCUGUAGAUGCUGCAUGACCAGUUGAGAAUUUCCAGCAUUUUCUGUUUUUUUUUACAGAUUUCCAAUAUUUGCUAUUUUCCUUCAAUUUUUACAAAUGAGGUUUGCUUCUUAUAAAUCUCUUUGAUCUGGUGGCAUUACAUUACAGUGAGACACUACCUUCAUCCAGGUUUGCUGAGGUUAGAGCCCAGUAGUAUUGCCGUGCCAUGGAUAUUUGCUCAUUGACAGAGGCAUAACUAGUGGUCAGCAGAGAUAUUCUACCUCCCCAAAUCCAUCUUAAGGUCACGUAGCCCUGUUGUUUAUAUCACCAACAGAUAAAUGUAAAUCUGUGCAGAAUUGUCUGUCUAAUGUGAAUGGAUUUUUUGCCCUUUUAAGGCAGAGCUUGCCUUUUAAGCUUUAAAAGGCAAGUUAAACCAAAAAGGCAAGCUAAACCAAAAAGGCAAGCAAACUUCAACUAUGUUUAAGUAAAGAGUUGCAGAUUAAAUUUCUUGUGUUCAAACAGACCUGGAGGAAUCUAGCAAAAUAAUAACAGAGAGAACUGUACUUACUGGACUCAAUUAUCCAUUUCACCCGAGUUAGGCAGUGGGAGUCCUACGCCUCCACCAUACUCCUGAAAGCAUAAUAUGUAAACAAAGGGCGCAAGCAAAAUUGUUGCCAACUCUCCUUAACCCUUGUACAAUACCUUACCGUACUACGUCUAUCGUAGGACUUCAUUAUAAUCCCUGCCCCCUGCUCCCCCCCUCCACACACAUACACACAGACAACAAAAGGGUGGCAUUGGGUUGGGCAGGGGAAUAACAAAAGCAAUAAAACUAAAUGAGAAAACUGAGGCAUGAAUGACAGAAUGUGUAAAUUUAAGCUGAGAUAUUGCCUGUCACGUCUGAGCUCCAUUUAUUUGUCAUAUUCUCCAACUUGAAUUUAGCUUAAUAUUUUGAAAUGGACUUCCAUCUUUGUGAACUUACAUUUCAUUCUAUGACUAAAUAUCAUAUAUACAAGACCUAAUAGUUUUUCAAAUAUACUGAUGACACAUGCGAGUCGACCAAGAGGUUUUUAUAACCACAGCUUCACUGUGAUGUAAAUAUUGCUUCUGAUCUGCCUGUAGGACUAGCCAAAAUCUUGAUUGUAACCUUGAUAUUACUUUUUAAAUAAAUUGUCAACAGAAGAUCCUGUAUAAACCAAGCUCAUAUAUGACACAAUUAUUUCUGCACCUUAGUGUUUUGUUACUUUUAUUUGUAAACUGUUAAUGUCUUUGUGUAUUAGUCGAACAAGACAAAAUUUGUAUAUUAAAGUAAAAUGA